AUGUCGCUCUUACCUUCCAUCAUCUUUUCAGCUGCGAUCACCAUAUUUAUUCGCUGCACAUCAUCGACGUCCAAUCGGCUCAGCGGCCAACACCUUCGCGUCAUCUGGACACGUUGGAGUGGAAACCCCAAAGGAUUGCUGGGACCUCUCAAAGGUGGGGUACUCCUCGACUACCUGACGGCCCGUUUAAAUUUCACCUACGAAAUGGUUCGAGUGACCGAAAACAGACAGGAAGCCACGGAAAAAGAACGCGGACUUUUCAGCUAUUUGUUGGAUCAACAAUGCGAUUUGCUGGUCCACGAUACGGUUCCCACACUGCAGACCAGCAAGAUCGUUGAUCUGACCUUGCCAUGGGCUUACGACUUUUUCGCUUUCCUCAUUCCCGUCCCCGAUGAAACGGCCAACAUCAACGCCGUCGUCAAACCUUUCCAGUGGCCGGUCUGGCUGGGACUAGGAGUAUCGAUCGUUUGCGUCAUCACAGCUUUGAAUGUGAUCCAGCGCUACUUGGAAUAUCAUUCCGCACUCGAAACUACAUUUAGUUCAAACGAAAAUCCACCGGCUGAAAAAAAAAUCACCAAAGUCGGAACCGGAAAAGAAUAUCUCUACGUUUUCGGCAAUUUGCUAUCGCAAGGUGGAUCUUGUAAAUCGAAACGACUACCUUACCGACUGGUCGCUGGCGUUUGGACCCUGGCCGCUUUCAUCUCCGUCCAGGCCUACACGUCGACUCUCUUCACUUAUGUCGUAAAGCCAAUCAAUCACCCGCUCAUCAAUUCUGUCUACGACAUUAUCAAUAGUGGCGAUAUCAAUUUACUCGCCAGAGAAGAUGGAUUCACCAACAACAACACCCUUUUCGCAACAUUACGAAGAAAACUGGAUUCCACCCCGAAUUCUCGAUGCGUCAUGCCGUUUGAAUGCCUUCGAAAUAUCAAACCAGAACAUAGAAAUGUCUACAUUGAGCUAGGAUGUUUGCUGAAGAAUUCCAGGAUAUUGGAGCUUCAACAAACUGGAAUAAUCGACUACUGGGAUACCUGGUUCCGCCCCAUGCCUCCUCAAUGCAACGGAAAACCGCCGAUGGAAAGCAAGAAAAAGAAACAAUUGCCACUUUCCCUGAAAAAUUUGACCGGAGCAUUUGUCGUUUUACUGGUCGGACUGAGUCUUUCUUUUCUGGCUUUUCUUUGCGAGAAAAUCAUUUCUCUGCAUCGUGGUCGUCGCGGUUAA